AGCAGGACGCAGGGCUGUGAUGCUUUGCUGUCGCUGUAGAGCCCUCGCUGCUUCGCUCUCGGACCAAUGUGAGGUGGCGGGAAGAUCAUGACCGAGGUCCUCCUCUCGGCUGCGCUCAAUGGAACUGAGCCCAACCUGCUCUCCAGCAGCGCCUGGGCAGGAAAUGGCACCACCAAGUGCUCCCUCACCAAAACUGGCUUCCAGUUUUACUACCUGCCCACCGUCUACAUCCUCGUCUUCAUCACAGGGUUCCUGGGCAACAGCGUGGCCAUCUGGAUGUUCCUGUUCCACAUGCGGCCUUGGAGUGGCAUCUCCGUCUACAUGUUCAACCUGGCGCUGGCCGACUUCCUGUACGUCUUGACUCUGCCCGCUCUCAUCUUCUACUACUUCAACAAAACGGACUGGAUCUUUGGCGACGUCAUGUGCAAGCUGCAGAGGUUCAUCUUCCACGUGAACCUCUACGGCAGCAUCCUGUUCCUGGCGUGCAUCAGCGUGCACAGGUACACGGGGGUGGUGCACCCCCUCAAGUCGCUGGGCCGGCUGAAGAAGAAGAACGCCGUUUACAUCAGCGCCCUGGUGUGGGUCAUCGUCGCGGCCGUCAUCUCCCCCAUUCUCUUCUUCUCGGGGACGGGGAUACGAAAGAAUAAAACCAUCACGUGCUACGACACCACUACUGAUGACUACCUGCGGAGCUACUUCGUUUACAGCAUGUGCACCACGGUGUUCAUGUUCUGCAUCCCCUUCAUCCUCAUCCUCGGCUGCUAUGGGCUCAUCGUGAAAGCUUUGAUUUACAAAGACCUGGACAACUCUCCUCUGAGGAGGAAGUCCAUUUACCUGGUCAUCAUCGUGCUGACGGUCUUUGCGGUGUCUUACCUUCCCUUCCACGUGAUGAAGACCUUGAACCUGAGGGCCAGGGUGGAUUUUCAGACCCCGCAGAUGUGUGCCUUCAACGACAAGGUCUAUGCCACCUACCAGGUGACGCGGGGGCUGGCCAGCCUCAACAGCUGCGUGGACCCUAUCCUCUACUUCCUGGCGGGUGACACCUUCCGCCGGCGGCUCUCCAGGGCCACCAGGAAGUCCUCCAGAAGAAGCGAGCCCCACGUGCAGUCCAAAAGCGAGGAGAUGACUCUCAACAUCUUGUCGGAGUACAAGCAGAACGGAGACACGAGCUUGUGAGGGCAGGCCUGGGCGCGUGGCGCGGCACGGCUGGCCGGGACGCCGUAGAGCUGCAAGGAGGUGAGGAGCAGCCACCGUCUCGCAAACCCCUUCUAGGGAAAGCUGCGUUUUCUGAUGCUAGGGAAAGAACUUAACCAAGCAAGUGGGAAAAAAUGAUCUUAAUGGAAAAUAACAUGUCAAAACUCAGCUUGUCUUCUUUUUGAGCUUAUAAUAUUCUCACUUCUUUCUGACUUGUGCCAGAUAAAGUAAAACAAAGUAAAUCCCCUAAAGGAAGAAAGCCAUCAAAUUGCUCCUAUUUUAAUGACUUAGUCUCCCACGUUCAAUUUUUUUCUUUGUUAUCCUCUGUUUAAGAAUCAGAAAGAACAAAAUCUCCUUUCAUCUGAUGCUCAGACCCAGCAUCUGCCCUUAGCUCUGUCCUCUGCUCCCUCACUGGAGCAAGCUGGUGUUCAAACCGGAGUCAUGAUGCUUAGCUCGCCUUUAAAGUUUUGGUAUUCCUUCACCUGCUCGUCGCGUUGGUGAUUCUGGCUGGUUCGGUGGCAUUUAUGAUUCAGCCCGUUCUGAGCACUGACUUUGUACAACUGAUGGGCGUUCUGGUGUGCGCGCCGCCGGCUUGUCACGUUGUUCCUCAAAGCCUGGCGCCUGUUACAGCCGGUGGGUGCCCAGCCCCAGCGACACCU